AUGGCGGCGGUGGUAGCGGCCACAUUCGCGGCCGGGGGAGAGGAGGUGGCGGUUACGACCUCCGUUCCGGGGACUCCCGGACUGCCCGGCAGCCGCAGUGCUGAGCGCGCCCUAGAAGAGGCCGUGGCCACCGGGACCCUGAACCUGUCUAACCGGCGUUUGAAGCAGUUUCCCCGGGGCGCGGCCCGCAGUUACGACCUGUCAGACAUCACUCAGGCUGACCUGUCCCGGAACCGGUUCCCCGAGGUGCCUGAGGCUGCGUGCCAGCUGGUGUCCCUGGAGGGCCUGAGCCUUUACCACAACUGCCUGAGAUGCCUGAACCCAGCCUUGGGGAAUCUCACAGCCCUCACCUACCUCAACCUCAGCCGAAACCAGCUGUCAUCACUGCCCCCCUACAUCUGCCAGCUGCCCCUGCGGGUGCUCAUUGUCAGCAACAACAAGCUGGGAGCCCUGCCUCCUGACAUUGGGGCCUUGGGAAGUCUACGGCAGCUGGAUGUGAGCAGCAAUGAAUUGCAGUCUCUCCCAUCAGAAUUAUGUAGUCUGCCUGCCUUGCGGGAUCUCAAUGUUCGGAGGAACCAGCUCAGCCUCCUGCCUGAUGAGCUGGGGGACCUCCCUCUGGUCCGUCUGGAUUUCUCCUGUAACCGUGUCUCCCGAAUCCCGGUCUCCUUCUGCCAUCUCAGGCACCUGCAGGUCAUUCUGCUGGACAGUAACCCCCUACAAAGCCCCCCUGCCCAGAUCUGCCUGAAAGGGAAGCUUCACAUCUUCAAGUACUUGUCAACAGAGGCUGGGCGACGUGGGGCGUCGGCACUGGGGGACUUGGGCCCAUCUCGCCCUUCCAGUUUCAGCCCCUGCCCAGCCGAGGACUUAUUUCCAGGACGUCGGUAUGAUGGUGGGCUGGACUCUGGUUUUCACAGUGUUGACAGCGGCAGCAAGAGGUGGUCAGGAAAUGAGUCAACAGAUGAAUUUUCGGAGUUGUCCUUCCGGAUCUCAGAGCUGUCUCGGGAGCCUCGGGGGCCCAGGGAACGGAAGGAGGAAGGUCUUGCCGAUGGAGACCCUGAACAGAUUGACUUCAUCGACAGCCACGUGCCUGGGGAGGAUGGAGACAGAGGUGCUGCGGAGGAGCAGCGGCCACCAGAAUUGAGCCCCGUGGCAGAGGAUGGCGAGAGGGCACCAAGCAGCAGGCGGGAGGAACCAGCAGGGGAGGAACGGAGGCGCCCAGAUACCUUGCAGCUGUGGCAGGAGCGUGAGCGGCGCCAGCAGGAGCAGCAGCAGCAGCAGCAAAGUGGGGUGUGGGGGGCUUCCAGGAGAGACAGUUUUCUGAAGGUGGGGCUCAGGACUGCUGGGGGAGGUGCCGCUGCCCCGUCUACUCAGGUCCCUUCUAACAGCAUGCCCAAGUCCACUGCUAUACAAGUGGGGGCUUUAGAGGGUCGAGGAGCUCCUGCCCCUGUCCCUGUCCCCACCUCCCAAGAGCCUCUUCCUUUGGCUGGAUCAGAUCCAGCACCUGCUCCCCGGCCACUCAGCUCCAUUCAGAGACCAAACAGCUUCCUCUUCCGCUCGUCCUCACAAGGCAGCUCAGGCCCUUCCUCACCAGACUCUCAGCUGAGACCGCGGCAGUCCCCCCAGGUGCAGGAUGAGAAGGAGUUAACGUCUCAACUGCGCCAGGCCCUUGAGUCCCGGCUGCAGAGGCCCCUGCCCGAGGACCUGGCAGAAGCACUGUCCAAUGGGGUCAUCCUGUGUCAACUGGCCAACCAGCUCCGGCCCCGCUCUGUGCCCUUCAUUCAUGUGCCCUCACCUGCUGUGCCAAAACUCAGUCCCCUCAAGUGUCGGAAGAAUGUGGAGAGUUUCUUAGAAGCCUGUAGGAAAAUGGGUGUGCCUGAGGCUGACCUGUGCUCGCCCUCGGAUCUCCUCCAGGGCACCGCCCAGGGCCUACGGACCACACUGGAGGCUGUUCAGCGGGUGGGGGGCAGGGCCCCUCCACCCCUCUCGCCCCCCUCUGGUCUGGGCGGCUUCGUCCUCUUCUACCUGGCCUUCGUGCUGCUGCUCUAUGUCGUCUACACUCGGCUCCUGGGCUCCUAG